GUAGUCUCCUUGUAUGCCCCCAAUCGCAAUCCUGCAAGAGACCAAUUUCUUGAGCUGGUUCCUUCUUGGGUUGAUCCUGCAAUCCCCACAGUUGUGUGUGGGGAUUUUAACACCGUUUUUGAUCGUUCGCUUGAUCGUGCGGGAUCUGUGGCUUCUGACACCUCUAGGGAGAGUUCUUCUACUCUCUCUUGGCUCUUUGAUGAAUGUUGUGUCGUUGACGCCUGGCGUUACUUACACCCCUCCUCCUCUGGUUACACCUGGAUGAGUCCGGACGGCUCUGUUUCCUCUCGUAUUGAUCUCGUUGGUUGUCCGUAUGUGUGGGUCCCUUCUGUUUCGUCGUGUGAAAUUGUUCCGUGUCCGUUCUCCGACCAUUGUGCUGUUCUUUUGUGUGUCACUGUUCCGGAUGUCGUCCCCCCGGGUCCCGGGCUGUGGAAGUUGAAUAUCUCCAUUUUGGAGGAGGUGGAAUAUGUUCGCCAGGUUGAGAACUUCUGGUCCCGCUGGCGUGACCAGAAGGUUCGUUUUCCUUCCCUGGCUAAGUGGUGGGAGGCUGGCAAAUCUCGUAUCAGGGUCUCUCUAUCAACUAUUGUUGCUCGAAGUCAUCUGACACUGCGAUGA